ACUGUUUCCAGGGCCGGGUGUACACAGGCCGCUGCUGUGGGGCAGAUGGAGCCUCUGGCCGAGGCUGCGCUGGAAGUGAGUUGGGUUCAGGGAUUCUCAAACAAGAACUUCAGCUUUAUCAACAAUCAAACUGCCUGCUACCCCUGUGGCAAUUACAUCCUCUUUCUGGACAUUGAAACAAAGAAAACUACAGUGCUGCAGUGUCAGACUGGCCAGGUGGGAGCCUUUGCAGCCAAUGGGAAUUGUCAAGUGCUGGCCUUUUCAGACCGGAAGCUCAACCCUGUCAUAUAUAUCUACACUUUUCCAGAACUGAGUAAACUGACUGAAUUAAAAGGUAACGCUCAGCUGGACUACACCUUACUUGCAUUUAGUUUCACAGGCCCAUAUCUAGCCAGUUACUCUUCAAUCCCAGAAUUCACUCUUUCAGUAUGGAACUGGCAAGAAAAUAUUCUCCUGUGCAGUGAGUCUCAGCCAGGAGUAACAGUGUCCUCUUUAAGUUUUAACCCUAUGAGUUGGCAACAGCUGUGUUCUGUUAAUGAGAGCUCCGUUACUGUCUGGCGUAUUGAAAGGAGUAAUGAUGAGCAUCACCUUAAGCAUAACCUUGUGGAACUCCCUGAUGGACAAGGGUCUGUGAGUCCUCAUAAGGAUUUGUUUUUCCCAGUUUCUCAUACUGAAGAUCCUUACUAUGGUCCUGAUUUGCCUGUUUCAGCCAUUGGUGGACUGGUAGGAGAUGAUGCACAAACAUUCAUGCCUAGAAAUUAUGUGAAGCCUUCGGUACAUCCUACUGCCCACUGCUGGACUGCAACGUCAGAAAUUUACCUGGGCUGUGAAGAGGGAUAUGUUUUGGCAAUUGAUGCUGAGACAUGCAGUGUUUCUGUUCUUCAGCAAAACCUUCUGCCUGAAUACAUGUGUAAAGUAUCAGACAUGGUGUCUUGUGUUCAUAGAGAAGAACAGAAACAGAAAGAUGGCAAAACAAAGGAUCUGCAAAAACCUGCUUUAUUUGCCAUGGCAUUUUGUAAUGAAGGACUAUACGCAGCUGGAAGUGAGGGCACAUUAUUAUGUUGCCACAUUGAAGGUUUGCAGUAUAAGAUGAAAGUCUGUGCUGAUAUCUUACAACCUAUAUCCAGCCUCAUGUUCUCUCCUGAUUAUACUGUACUUCUGCUUGUCACUCACCAGGGGACAGUCUACACUUACAAACCUGCACAUGGUGGAGAAGCUGUCAAACUCUUGGACACAUGCAGCAGUUGUUUUCUGGCGGCUGAUUUUCUUACACCAGGGAACAAAUACUGCGUAUCCAUAACAAUUUCAGGUGAAGUACAAGUUUGGUUCCUGGAAGAUGGAACUUGCCUCAGCAAGCUAAAUCUUGAUAUUGAGGCAACUGCUAUGGCUUGCUGUCCCUCCUCCAACAGUGUUGCUGUAGGAACCAACAAAGGUCAAAUCUAUUUCCUUGACGUUACCCAAGUUGAAGCUCCACGAGUCGUUCACAGAAUUUUUCUUUCCACAUUUGCGGUGCUGUCUUUGCAUUAUGAUCAGAGUGGCCAGUACCUCAUUGCUAGAGCUACAGAAGGACAUAUCUUUAUUCUGGAUGCCCGACCUUCAAAACUAUUCCAAGUCCUUGGAUAUAUAGUGUUGGAAGAGGAAGUGCUGGAUCUUUCUGUAGUUUCUGACUUGAGGAGUGACUUAGUUGAAGUAAUGGUGCUUCAUAACGUAGCAGAGGUCCAGAGAGCAAGACUGGACAUUUUUUUUCUAUCUUCAGCUCUCACAACAGACAAUGAUAAAUACAUUACUGAACAGGGAAUGCUUGAUGCUAGUGCCAUUAAAAGGGAGCAAUAUGAUCUGGAUUACCCUUUGAGCUCAGCAGUCAGAUUGAAGGAUAACAUUGUGUAUGGCUACUGUGCCUGUGCGCCUUUCAUCUGUAAAUACCAUCUUUCUGAAGAGAAUAUGUUGGAAGAACCAUCAGUAUAUUUAUCAGAAAAGAGGAUUCCUAGCAAUCAGUUUGGAUCAGGUUUCCUCUGCUUAUCACCCAAUGGCCAGUGGCUGGCAGCAGCAGCAGCGGAUGGUGUUUUGAUCAUCUAUCACACCUUUACUAUGGGUAUUCUUGCUCAAAAGCAUUGUCACUCAUAUCAAGGAGGUGGAAUCAGGUCCAUGGUAUUUUCACUGGAUGGCAACUUUAUCCUUGUUAAUGGCAAAAAUGAUGGUGCCCUGGUGUGUCUGAAGUGGAAGAAGAUAAAGAAAACUGAAGUUGAGAAAGCAGCUUUUCACUGGCAAUCUCUUCUUGCUAUAUUGAACAAUUCUGCUUCGAAUGAAAAUGUUGUUCUAAAAUCUAUGGCAAAAUGGCAGUUUGACCCAGAAUUCACACCAGAAUCACCUCCAGAAGAGAAAUUUAAGGAGCCACCACUUAAAUCUUGCAAUGUAGAGGUGACAGAAGAAGAUCAAAAUGUUACCAGUCUGUAUUCAGCCAGUAGCAGUGACAUGACAUGGAUAGGUCAGAAAAUAAAAAAGGUCAUUAUAGAAGAGACUCAGAGGUUUGGUAACCAGAAGAAAGAGCUGCAAAUGGGAAUUAAAAAGCUGUGUGAAACUAUUCAGAAAAUGAUGCAUGAAAAUGAGCAGGUGCCAGACAUUGAGAAACUGGAGCAGCACGAGUUCAACCUGGAUGUGGAAGAACAGGAAAGACUGCAAGCAGAGGCUGAUCAAGAAGUGGCCAGGGUGAGGAAAGAGAUUGAGAUGGAGACUUUAGCCAACCGCUAUUUGCAGGAUGUCAUCAAACAUGAGUGUUGGGAUGCUAUGUGUGUAAAAGGACGUGUAGUUAAGUGCUUCCAUAUUGUUUGUGAAGUAAAGAACUAUCCACUGAAGGAGCGUAGUGAAGAAGAGCUGAAAACGUUGGAGAAAGUUCUCCAGUUGAAGAAGCUUGAGACAGCUGAUCUUAACGUCCGGAAGAAGGAUCCUGAGGCUAAGUCUGAGACUGUAUUAUCUAAUAAAGAAGGAGAGAAGGCAGAAGAAGUAAUGACUGAUGAUAGUUCGUUGUACUGCCUGAUUGGAAGUCUGAGCUCUCAGUAUGGUGGAGACACAUCUAUCCUAUACCACCAAUGGGACUUACACACCAGGGAGCAGAAAAUCAAUCAGAUAGUAUUAUUGAAGGAUGUCAUUUACAAAGUGAAAACUGCUUUUAAUAAGGAAUUUGACAGAGUUGCACAACAAAAGAAGCAGGAGAUCGCACGGGUGAAAGAAAGAAACCUGAGGAUCCGAGAAAUCUUGGCACAACUUGAUCUCCAGGUGGAAGUGUGGGAACCAGUUCUUACAGAUGAUGAAAUACCAGAGCGAGCACUCACUGUUCAGGAUUCAGAGAUUAAAGUUGAAAAAUACUUGACUCAACAAGAGAGAGAGAAAGCAGAAAUGCUGGCUAAGCUUGAAAUGGAAAGACGACUUGCUGAUAUGGACAACGAGAGACUGCGUGCUCUUAAUGACAUGAUGGGUGGAGUGCUGGAAGUCAAAAAAGAAGACAUCUUAAAAAUAGAUAUUCCUCCUCCUCCUUUUAUGUCCAAGCCUGAGCAUCUUUGGAAUAAUGAAGAAAAUAAAAUAUUCAGAGAAUAUGAGGAAAAAGUCAAGGAGCUGAAUGAAGAAAAAGAGAAGUAUAGAAUGGCACUGAAAAAUGAAUUGAAGAAACUUGAAGCUUCUAUCCAGGAAACAACACAAAAUUUUGAUAAGACUGUAUGCAAACUCUCUGAAAGGAAGGUGAAAUUCGAGAUGGUCAUCUAUCAGGAAGAACUCAAAAUAGUAAAUCUCCUUUAUUCUUUACUGUUGGAUGAAGAGUUGGACAGUAGAAAAGCAGGACUUAAUAAUUUCCUUUUGAAAAAGGAGAAAGAAAAAGUCAAGGCUGCAAGCGCAAUCCAGACGACAGAGUGUAAAAUUGAGGCCUAUGCAGAUGUCUGUGAAAAUAUAAUAGCAGAAGAGAAGGAGCUGGACAGUGAUUUUAUAAGGGAGUUUGCCAAUGUACCUGACGACCUCUUUGAUGAACUUUCCCAACUUUACAAGCAUCGACCCAAGACCCCAAAGACAGAACCGCUUCUUGAUGCAGCUAACCCAUAUGGAGGUUGUUCAGUUUCAGAUGAAGAUUACACAGAGGCACUUACCCUUUUAAUGAAAGCCAUGGAUGAACUAGAUAGUCCUGAGCACAUGCCUAAUGGCUUAGACCCAUCUGUAUGGGAACAUUUUUGUCUGGCUAGACGAAAUAAAAUCAGGAGUGAGGAGCUGGUGAAGCAGAAGACCCAAACACUGUCAGAAAUGCAGGCCUUUCUCCAGAGAAGAAUGGAUGAAAAUGAGAAGAUUACAUUGGAAUUAGAAGGCAUUUUCCAAGAACUGACUUGGGUCGAAAAGGAGAAGAUGAAACUUCAGCUGAAUUUGACUAUCCAAUUUCUGCUGAAACAAGGACAGGUGGAAUUGGAAAUUACUGAGAUCCCAGACUACAGUGAUGCCAUUCUCAUUAAUAAAAGAGUUAUUGAAGAGCUUAAUAGCGCUAUCAUGGCUGAAGGAGAAAAAAAGGUUGCUAGCAUGGUGGAAUGCAAAGACUUCUCUAAAGGGAUAUUUCAGCUAGAAUGGGAACACAAGAAGAUGAGAAUGCAGACAGAAGAUCUGAAACAGAAGGCUCGAGAUAUUGUAACACUACGUAUUUCAAGAGAUUGCCGGCUAUUACUAACUGAGCCGAACUACAACAGACGCAUUGCUCACCAGAUUUCAGUGAUGGAGCAGGGUCUUGGCAUCAUGGAUGAGCUGCACAAGAAGAAUGUGAAGAAACGUCAGAGAAAAAUUAAAGAGUUGGAGAAGUGCAUCAGUCUGAAAAAACAAGAAAACUAUGAGCUCAGCCUGGAGCUGAAAGAAACGCUUGUCUCUGUUUCAGAAAGGAGACAUACCUCUGAGGCAGCCGACACAAAGCGUGUUUCUGAGAUUGCAAAGCAGCGUUACCGAGAGAUUUUAAAGCAGAAACACCUACGGGGGCUUGUAAAGGAACAGGAAGAACAGCUUGAAAUUCUUCAGGCAGAAGUUCAAAGACUGAGAUCAAGAACAUUCCCUAUUCUUUAAAAGUCAGAGUCCUGGUAUAUAGUACCAUGGUUUUGACUAAGAAAAGAGCUUGGACAUCUGCCUGCUUUUUCUCCUUGAACUUUUCUUUCCAUAAAUGAUUUCUUCAAAGAUAACUUCAAA